CGGGCGGAACAGGAAGCGGAGAGGGGAGGAGUUGAGCGGAGGCUGCUGCGCACUGAGCCCGUCGCCUUCUCACCUGAGGCGGCAGCUGCCCGCGGCCCAGCCAGCUGGGAAGACCGGCCUCCCGGAGGUGUUGGGGUAGGAGAGGUUGGUGGGGGUGGUUGUCGUUGGCCGCCGCCGCCGCCGCCAUUAUCAUGCCUCUCUUCGCCUCCAACCCGUUCGAACAGGAUGUGGAAAAAGCCACAAAUGAGUACAACACUGCUGAAGACUGGGGAGUUAUUAUGGAUAUAUGUGACAAAGUUGCAAGCACUCCUAAUGGAGCAAAAGACUGCCUUAAAGCCAUCAUGAAGAGAGUAAAUCACAAAGUACCCCAUGUUGCUCUUCAAGCUCUAACUCUUUUAGGAGCCUGUGUGUCAAAUUGUGGAAAGAUUUUCCAUUUGGAAAUCUGCUCACGUGACUUUGCCAGUGAAGUACGUGGUAUAAUAAACAAGGCUCAUCCUAAAGUAUGUGAAAAAUUAAAGGCUUUAAUGGUGGAAUGGUCGGAAGAAUUUCAGAAAGACCCACAAUUUAGUUUAAUAUCAGCAACUAUUAAAUCUCUUAAGGAAGAAGGAGUCACAUUUCCCACGGCUGGGUCACAGAGUCCCUCCACGACUGCCAAGAAUGGUAGUGCGUCAUCAAGCAAAAACAAAGAAGAUGAAGAUAUAGCUAAAGCUAUUGAAUUAUCUUUGCAAGAACAGAAACAGCAACAAACAGAAACAAAAUCUUUAUACCCAUCUGUAGAAGUUCAGCAGAACAACCAGAAAGUCUCAAGAAAAGUGCGAGCUUUAUAUGACUUUGAAGCUGUUGAAGACAAUGAACUUACCUUUAAAACUGGGGAUAUAAUUAUUGUUCUGGAUGACAGUGAUGCCAACUGGUGGAAAGGAGAAAAUCACAGAGGAGUGGGAUUGUUCCCUUCUAAUUUUGUGACCUCUAACUUAAAUGAUGAACCUGACUCAGCAACUGUGGAUAAAAGCUCUUCUUGUGAAGACGCUACAGAGGAAACUGCAAAAGCUACACCUGAACCAGUUUACAUAGACGAGAAUAAGAUGGAUAAGACAUUGCAGUUACUUCAGAGCAUAGAUCCAAGUGAUCCUAAACCUGAUUCUCCUGAUCUUCUGGAUUUAGAAGAUAUAUGCCAACAGAUGGGCCCCAUGAUUGAUGAGAAACUGGAAGAAAUUGAUAGGAAGCAUUCUGAGUUAUCCGAACUAAAUGUUAAAGUGAUGGAAGCAUUGGAACUCUACAACAAAUUAGUGAAUGAAGCACCUAUGUAUUCUACGUACUCAAAGAUGCAUUCAUCCGGAUCCUAUCCACCUGCAUCAGCUGGCGUUCCAGUGCAGUCCUAUCCCAUGCAUCCUCACAGUGGGAACUAUGUGGUCCAUGCUGUUCCACAAGGUUACAACCCGGGAAGUGAUCAGAUUGGUCCCCUGAGGUCCUUGCCUCCAACAAUAAAUUCUACGGGAGCAUCUCAGCCUACUCAGACAGCCUAUUUAAGCACCGGUCUAGAUGCUGUGUCCAACCCUACUUACGUGAACCAGAAUUCUUGCCCUCCACCAGCUGGCACAGUUCCUUACAGUCAACAAAUGGGCAUGUCUAUGGAUAUGUUGGCCUAUCAGAACAGUGUGUCUAGUUUGCCUCAAGGAGUGUGCUAUCCAGCCGUUCCAGCUCAUUCACUCCCACAGCAGCAAACAAACUACCAUCAGCAGCCUCUUCUGUGAAAAUGCUUAGUCUGUUCCUGAAAGCAGUCUUGGAUGUUGCUGACCCUGGUCAUUUAAGUUGCCUCUCCACUGUUGAAAGGAUGCUUCUGCUCAAGGGAAAAUGCAACCAUGCAAAUGUCAGAAUUAAAGUUAAUUCAAGUUUAGCAGUUUUUCUGCAUAGCUGUUUAAAUAGGUUGAGCUGCUGCUAACGUGUUUAGAAACACACAAACAUGGCCCGCAAAUCCUGGCUUGUAUAGUGUUCCAUCUACUCUCCUGCCUAUUUACACAACUUCUCUGAAAUAACUUUUUUCUUGUAGUGAGUUUCAUAGGAGGAAGCUUCAGAUGUGAAUAUAUGCAGCUCUUCUCCUUUGUUCUUUCCAGACUUCAUAAAUGCCAUUGUUUUUAUGGAACCUUUAAAUUUGGAGUGCUCUCUUGAAACCCAAUUUAUUUAGCUGAUUUGCUUUCCAUUUGCAUCCCUGGUAGAUCAUCUUAACAGAUUGCAUUUUAUAUCGUACAAUAAAGCAUUUGGGAACUUAGAAGCAGAAAACCUGCAAUGACAGAAGAAGUUAAUGGUCUUUGUGAUUUCUGCCAGAAUGGAUUUCUGAUUUGCAUUUCUUAGAAAUUAAUGCCAUUUAUUGCUGUGAAGUGAUUUGUACUCCAAUCUAAGGAAGUUUAAAGUAUGUAAGCUCACUUUGAAACACAUGUUGGCUUAAUGGAAUUGGACUCUUUGCUCUGUCUUUUACAUCUGCUCUCAUUCCCUGGUGUCACUGAAUACUGAACGUCAUAUGAAAGAAAAGCUUUUAACAUUGGAAAAAGUAUGUUUAUACAAUGGUUUAUUUACCACAAACAUUUUGCCUUAACUAGAAAAUACAUAUUGUUAACUGUGAAGAUUUAGAAUAAACACCGUGGCAAUGCAUCUUUAUAUUGUUCAGGGCUCAGGAAGACUCUCUGUCCUGAUGUUUUUUUCAGAGAGAAAAAGGAAGUCUCUGUUCUUCUGGAUGCCCAUUCUGUCCUUGUUGCCCAUUUACUUUGCAGUUAUUUAACAUAAUCAUCUUACCCAAGGUUGAGAACCACUGCUCUAUUGCAUGUCUUUGCUUUGCUCUCUGCAUUCUAUCUUCUACACUUCUUAGGGCAUCCUGACCUACUGGACAUCCCCAGAGCUACUCUGGUUCAGCUUUCCUACAAGCAGCAGCGGGGGCAUGUGUUUAUAGGUUACAUAUGGCUGCAUUUGAGGGUGGGUUGGUGGGGAAAUGAUUUAACUAAGCAAAAGAUUAUUAAAUGCAUGGGAAUCAAAGGAAUCUAUAAUUUUAUCUCAAUUCUCCUGCAGCAUAUGUUAUCUAUUGUAGAAAUAACAUAUUUGUAAUAAGGUCUGUCUUUGUCCAAAUUUGCCUGUUGUUGAUUAGCAGCUCCAUUCACUUCCUAUACUGGUGCUAACAGGCUAUUCGGAAGCAUGAUGCUAGUCAGGUGGAGUUCAUUUUGGACCAAGAUGUCUUCUUUCUUUAAUUGGGAUGGGGAGGGGAGUCCUUUGGGAAUCUUUACUCUAUUGGUCAUCUUUCCAUGCCAACAAAGAUAGUUGUGCUUUUUCUUCAUGGUGGCUUUUAUUUUAUUUUUUUCUGCUAAUUGUCUGGAAUUGCAACAUGGGACAUGUAUAUGUAUAUGAACACUUUCUUUUCUCCUUUCAAAAUUUCAAAGGGUGCUCUUCAGAAUCCUUAUUUAGAGCAAGGUCAGUUUUUUCUCAGCUAAAAUAUUUUGUAAACAAAAUGCAAGUUUUUGAACAGUGGAACUGUUCAUAAAUGUCAGUAAAUCAGAUAAUCAAAAUUUUUAUUGUUCUACAGUCUUUGAUACUGCAUUAAGUACUGCCCAAUAUCCUACUGUAAUGUUUAGUUAAGGCAACCUUUUUCAUUGUAUUUUGUUCUUUAUAUAUAAUAUAUAAUGUGUGUAUAUAUCCACUUGUCUGAGAUUUUAUACACAACUACAUAUGUACUCAUUCUCUUUUUUAAAGAAAUCACUGAAAUUUUAUAUGUAGCCACAUUUGGCAUUACCAGUAGUUUCUGUAAUCUUUGGAAGCAUUUAUGCAGGUUGUAAAUAUGUACAAAUUCGGAUGUUGAAAUUGUGUAUUUCGUCUUCUGGCAUCAAUGAGGGUCUUUUUUUGUCUUUCCCUUUUCUUGACUAAAACAUUAUUUAUUACUAAGGUGUGAUCAUAAUCUGCCUCAGCUGCAGAUCAUUACAGUGAGGGUCCAUAUUCCAUUGACACCGGUGAGAAUGUAGACAUUCAUUUGAAUAGAGUUAAGAAUGUAUUCCAGGCAUACACCUGUUUUUAUAUUAAAAGUAAGCAUCAAGUGCUUUGCUUUUCAAGUGACUUAAUUGACUAAGCAGAAAUUCCUGGCAGUUUGUAAUAAGGAUUGCAUUGUGAUUUCUUUCUAGGGUUUUAAAGCAAGGUACAGUCUUGUGUCCAUCUUAUUGUGAACUUAACACUUGCACAGGGGAAAUCCCACAGGUUUUUGUAGCAAAUUGCCAAUGCUAAUUGCAUUGUCUGGGGUGUGCCCCAUUCCAUGAUUAGGUUUGUGUACAAGAGCUUGUUAAGGCUUGGCAAUUGGCUGCCAGUGCUUGUGCACUUCCCCCCUACAUGUAUAAGUUUGCAAUAGGACUCUCAGUAAUGUUUGCCUAGUGAUCAUUUAUUAUUUUCGCUGGUCUGUGCAAAAUCCUUUCCCCCCCCCUCCAAUUUAAAUGUUGUUGUUAUCUGUUCAGCUCACUUGCCUGAGCUUUGGUUCAUUGUUAAAAUAACUUGGUUUCCACAGAUCUCUCUGCCUAUUAAGUGUCCACAGCCCCAAAAAUGUUAAAAUGGCGAGACGUUAAACAUGCCUUAUUACUACUUUUUUUUGGCUUGGUUUAGUUGUGUCCUUUCAAGACCCUGUUAAAAGACUGCCAGUUGAGGGUGGGAUGCUGACAUACUGGGUUUUUUUCUACCUGAAUAUUUUUUCUCUUUUUAUCUGUGCGUCAGAAUGUACCUGGCCACCUAUCAGCAGAAUAGAAAGUGGUGUUGGAACAUUGCUUUUUGCCUCCUGCAUGGCCUCAUAUCUCCAUAACGUUGGAGGAUUCUUCAGAAUAGAUUGAGGGGCAUCCAAAAGGACAAUAACAGGAUGUCCUUUUGGAUAGGCAGAAGGUCAUUCAUGUAAUUCAUGUAAUUUUGGACAUAGGCCAUCAGAUGAGAAUUGUGUCAUAGUGUUAUGUAUAAUCCAAAUUCAUUGCAAUGAUGUAAGUGCAUAACAGGCUUGACUGACUCCCUGAAAGAUCAUUAAUUGGAAAAGCUGGUAUGACACUGAAUUUAAACUACUGUAUUGUAUUCUGAUCUUCAGCUAAUUAAGGAAAGGAGAGGAAUUACUAUAGAGAACUGAUUCAGUGGCCUCUCUUUUAAAGACUUACUCUGUGCUAAGAUGUUCCCAGUAUGGUUGCUUCUCCAAGUUCAGGCCAAGAAUUUUUUUUAACAACAAAAUAUAUAUUUGGUGUUGUUGUACAACACUGUAUUUGAGCAGUCUCCAGUAUUAACAGCUUGGAAUGUGGUCAUAUGAAAUAGCCAUUCAGCCUCUUGCCUACAACAUAUUUGUGCUGACUUGUGGAAAUAAAACUGAUUUAACAGAAAAAUU